AUGCAUCCCGGCGGUGCCUCAUCAAUUCUGCAAUAUGCAGGCAAGGCUCGCCAGGACGCAACAGAAGAAUAUGAUGCCAUUCACACCCCCGGAACAAUUGAAUCGUCCCUAUCACUGGAUAAAUGUCUUGGAGAACUAGAAAAUCAGACAGACCGACCUCCAACCAAACGACAGGAGGAGUGUCCAACUCCAGAUGGCAAUCAACCAACGGGAACUCCGAUACAGCUCAUUGCCUGUCUGGAUGAUUUUGAACUAGCAGCAAAGAAAAUAUUGAAUCAAAGAUCAUGGAUAUACUACUCAUCUAGUGCCGGAUCUAUGGAGUCUCACGCUCGCAAUCUUGCAGACUGGUCUAAGGUCACAUUCCGCCCACGCGUCCUGCGCAAUGUUGAGCAUGUCAACAUGGGGCGUACUAUCCUUGGACAUCCCAGCAAUGCUCCUUUCUUCAUCGCUCCUUGUGCACUGGGUCGUCUGGGUCAUCCGGAUGGUGAGCAUAACCUCGUCCGAGGCGCUGCCAAAUACAAUAUCCCGUACACUGUUAGCAAUGCCUCUUCAGUUAGCGCUACUGAUCUUGCAAAGUCUCUCCGCAAAGAGUCAGGCGGGGGAUCACUCUUCUUUCAACUGUACGUCAAGAGAGACCCAGCGGAGACCCGAAAGAGCAUUGAGCAAGCCAAGUCGCUUGGAUAUGGAGCUCUAUUAGUGACAGUGGAUACCCCGGUUGUGGGUAAACGCGAUGCUAGUGAUCGAUUUGCUAGCCAGCAGGCGCUCCAGGCAAAUUCCUCGGAGCUUCCAGUCGCUGGACCCCUGGCUUCUCAUGGAUCGGGCGUCCCUCGUGGACCCUACUCCUCCACUCUCACUUGGGCGGAUCUACAAUGGAUUGCCCAAGAAUGGGGCAAUGCUGGGCCACUCUGUCUGAAAGGAAUUACAACUGUCGAGGAUGCCCGCUUGGCUCUCGACAUGGGAUAUACAUCUCUGUAUUUGUCUAACCAUGGAGGCAGACAACUGGAUGGCGCGCCUUCAGCCCUCGAAACUUUGCUAGAAAUCAGACAAUAUGAUCCGGAGAUUCUCCAACUAUGCGAAAUCCUCGUUGAUGGAGGUAUCAGAAAAGGAGGCGACGUACUCAAAGCUCUGGCUUUAGGGGCAAACGCGGUCGGUCUGGGAAGGCCAUUUAUGUUCGCUCUCAUUUUACUUGACGAGAUUCAAACCGAUAUGCGAUUGCUGGGUAUCACUGAUUUAGCACAAUUGGGACCGUCGACUAUAAACACGAGAGAACUACAAGGGAUCAUAACACAACAAUUGGGCAAUGACAUGAUUGGUCACAAGCGUUUCGAGAGGGCAAAAAUAUGA